AUGCAUAUGAAUUUCUCACCGAUGUCAAUAGUGCGAUUUGGAUUUUGCCUUUUAAUACUUAUCUUUUGUGUUAUUACGAUAACAUCAUACAAAAUUGAUCAUCAUCGACAUGAAGAUAGAAAUAAUCGGGCUGUAACAGAAUGGCGUUUUCGACGUAAUUUCUUUCGACUAUUACCUUACCAUGAAGGCAAAAAUACGAACGAUGAUUUGGUUGACGGCGAAACAAUCGGCAAUGAUAGUAAAUAUGGAGGAAAAACAUACGACAAGAAAUAUCUUCCUAAUUUAUCUGAUGAUAUAAUGUAUUAA